UCGAAUCCAACUACGUGUACUUGCAGCACAUUGUCGUGGUGGCAAAUUAUCUUAUCAUAUUUAUACGUCCGCUAUCUAUUUUAUCCGCUAAAGAGCGCUGGCUCUGACGUCGCGUCGAAAGUGUGUCAAUCUCGCGUCUGUUCUCCCAUAGUGGGUCGCAUUAGAGAACAAAAACAAUCAGAGCAAGAAUCGUGAGUGCAGCAGCAAUUGAUAAGCAAUUUAGUCAAUUUAGUUUAUUUAAUUAAAAUAAAUCAGUGCUCAACGAGUAAUAAAGCGAUGCGAAUCAGUGUCAUAAUCAAUAAGCGCUCAAUUUCAAUCAGAAUCACCACAAAUAUUUGCAUAAUUAAUUAAAUGUGUUAGCGCUCAUACAGCAAAAGUUCCGCUUCGUACAAAUCAAAAUAACAAUAGCCGAGGGCCAAGCCGCAACAACUUAAGCGAUAUCAACAACAACAACAACCAUCGGAAUUUGUUUAUUUUUUCAAGCCAAAGACAACCACCAUCCAGCAGUAACGACAACAAAAUCAACUUGGAUCAGCUGUGCCGUAAGCCGCAACAAGUGUAAAAGAGAUAGACAGAGUGCGCGCCAAAACGCCGCAUCACUGCACAGUGUGUCAAAUCGUGGUAAAAUUUGAAUGAAACUCAAUUUGUCCAAGCCAUUUUAAUUUGUUCCUGGAAAGCAGUGAGCUACCAAGUUUUUUAAAUUCGUGAAAAUUCGUGUAUGUGUUAAGAGUGUUAAGUGAAAAAUCAGUGCAAAAUGAGUGAAGCUAACCCAAGUGAAGCCAAUGUGGAAGCAGCAGCAGUUACUCCCGCAGUGGAAGCAGAUUCGGCGCCGGACAGCACAAGCGUCGAAGGCGUAGCCAUGAAACCUCCGCCUAGCCGCUCCAACAUACCCACUCCUGCGUCAUCAGUUACUGGCAUACCCGUUAGUAAGCUGAAAGCGCCCUCCAGCUUCGGCUCCAACAGCUCAGUAUCGAAAAUUGGACGACCUUGUUGCACGCAUACAACGCCAAAAGCUGGUCCGCCACCCAGAGAUACAAACAGCAUGAGUCGUGAAAGCGAUGACAACCUGAGUUCAAUUAAUUCGGCGUACGCAGAUCUCUAUCAAGAGACUGUCAAGCGCUUUACGCGCUCCUCGCUCUCCCCCACAUCCGAUUGGGAACGCUUUUCGGCCGGUCGCCGAUCGCUCAAGUCGCGCACAUCAACGCCAUUAUCCGACAACGAACGACGCACAUCUUAUGAUUAUUAUCUUGAGGCCACAGGUCGGCGUCGAAGCUCAGAUCACAACAGUGCCGUGCUCACAGCCAACACAGAACUGUUUAUAAUUGGUCAACGAGUAUGGGUUGGUGGCAUUCGUUCCGGACAGAUAGCCUACAUAGGCGAAACACAUUUUGCACCUGGCGAUUGGGCCGGCAUUGUUCUGGAUGAGCCAAAUGGUAAAAACGAUGGAUGUGUUUCGGGCAAGCGUUAUUUCCAAUGCGAGCCCAAGCGUGGCAUCUUCUCGCGUCUGACACGACUCACAUUGUAUCCGAUGUCGGGCGCACAAACUCCCACAUCGCCGCUGGCCAAGAACUCGCCGGAACGUUCACGCACUGUCUCGCCAACGGCCAGUGUUCGCAGCUCUAUGCUACGCAGUCCAAGCACAGGCAAGAAUGGACUGACUGUGGGCGAUCGCGUUAUAGUCUCCUCUGGCUUCGGCAGUCGUCCGGGCAUUUUGCGUUAUCUGGGCGAGACCCAAUUCGCUCCUGGAAACUGGUGCGGCGUUGAGCUGGAUGAGGCCAGUGGCAAAAACGAUGGUGCUGUGGAUGGCAUAAGAUAUUUUGAAUGCAAACCCAAAUAUGGCGUCUUUGUGCCCAUUGCCAAGGUGUCGCUGUCGCCAUCAUCGAAGAAGACGCGUCUAUCGCGUACCGGGUCGCGCGAAUCUCUCACAUCCAUUGGCACCAUGAACAGCAUUGCCACAACAAAUACGUCGCGCAUGCGCAUGAAUGCUCAGCAGCGCAAGUCGAUCACGCCCCAAAAGCCAAUUGUUACAACGCCAAAAAGUCAAUUUUCCAUGCAGGACUUGCUGCGCGAGAAACAACAUCAUGUGGAGCAACUGAUGGUCGAACGUGAACUGGAUCGCGAGGACGCACAGAACCAGGCGCUCCAGCUGCAGAAGAACAUUAACGAGCUAAAGGCACGAAUUGUGCAAUUGGAGACCCAGUUGGGGGAUGAGCGCAAGAAAUCGGAGGACUUACAAUUCUCCAUAGAUGAAGCGCAAUUCUGCGGCGACGAAUUGAAUGCGCAAACUCAGGUGUACAAGGAGAAGAUUAAUGCUCUGGAAUCAAAGAUAACACAUUUAGUCUCAGGCGCGCCUAGUCUGCAAAGUAUUGAACCAAUCGAGGAUAAGGCCGCUUUAAGUGCCGCUGAAGCGCAAAUCGCCGAACUGCAGAAAAAGUUAGACCUCCAAGAAAAGCAAAAUGGAGCGAACUUGGCCGAGCGACAGGAAGAAGAACAACGAUUGCUGGAGAACAUUAAAUAUUUGCAAAGCGAAAAUGAAAAUCUGCAAAAGGAACUGGUCGGCAAGGAUGAAAGUCUGGAGAAGUUCUCGCUGUCCCAGUGCGGUAUUGAGAACUUGCGCAGUGAGCUUGCUCUGCUCAAGGAAGAGCAUGAGAAGCAGACAGAGCAAGCAAAGGCAGACUUUGAAGCGAAACUGUCCAUUAAAAUGGAAGAGCUGAAGAAUGUUACCGACGAGAUGCAGAAGCUGAAGAAUGCCGCCGAUUCCCUAGAGAGUGAACGCUCCAAUAUCACGGACGAAUAUGAAAUCCUUCAAACGGAAAUAAAAAUGCGUGAUGAGCAGGUUAAGGAGCUGACCCAUCAGGUAGAUGAGUUGACGGUGCAGCUGAGUGUUCAGCAAGCGGACAGCUCGGCACUGGAUGAAAUGCUCAAGGCUCAACUCAUGGGCAGUGAACAGAGUAAGGGAGCGUUGGAGCAGAAAGUAGCCGAGAAUGGGGAACUUAAAAAGACAAAUGAAGGCUUAGAGCAGGCCAAGACCACGUUGGAGCAGCAGCUGAGCACAAUCAAUGCCGAGUUGCUGGCUCUGAAGCAGCAACAACAGACAGCACAGCAAGAACUGAACGCAAGUGUUUCGCUUAAUGAGCAAAAAGAAACCGCAAUAGCCGAGCUAAACAAGUCCUUGGAGAGUUUGCAGAAGCAGUUGAAAGAAAUGUCUCUGGAAAAGGACGACCUUACUAAACAGCUAUCAACUAGCAAUGAGCAGUCUACAACCAGCAUUGAACAAUUGCAAAGGCAAUUAGAGGAGAAGCAGAAAGUGCACGACGAGGUCAGCGAAAAAGCGCAGCAAGCUGAAACAGCUCUUGCAGCAACUCAAGUUCAGUUAGAGACGCUGCAGCAGCAGUCGAAAGCAAGCAGCGAGCAAAGUGCCAGUGAAUUGGAAAAACUAAAGGCUGAGCUCAGCCAGCUGAGAGCCUCUCUAAGCCAAACGGAAAGUGAGUCCCACAGUGCAGCUGGAGAAAUGAGCAAACGCAUUGCCGAGCUCGAGGCGCAACAGCAACUGUUGCAGACGCAGCUGCAACAAGCUGCGGCAGCAGCAGACCAAAUGCAGCAAAAAUAUACUGAGUUGCAGUCCAAAAAUGUGGAACAGUCGAAGCAGUUGGAGCAAAACAGCGAAGCUCUAGAGAACAGCCAGCAAAUGCUGCAAAAUCUAACCAAGGAACAUGAAACUGUAAGAUCACAAACUGCCGUCCUGGAGUCGCAGCUCAAAGCGAGUGUAGAGAGCUGCGCUCAACGCGAACUGGAACUGGGUGAUGUGACCCGGAAGCACGAAGCACUACAGUCCAAAUGCGAAACCCUACAUCAACAACAUGAGGCUCUCCAAAGCGAACUUCUAGCUGCACGUGGCAGUGCCACGGAGCUGCAAGCAACUCUGAAGCAAUUGAAUGAGGAAUUGCAGAGCAAGCAGAAAACCUAUGCUGAGCUGGAACAGCGCAACAGCAGUCAGCACAUGGAGCUGGCCAGCGAUAACGAAGUGUUGAAGCAGGCCAAUGCCAAAUUUGAACGUGAACUGACUGAUCUAAGGGAAGCACUAAGCAAAGCCAAAGCGGACAUCGCUGAAAAGCAGACGCAGUUGAGCAAACUAGAGGAGCUGAACAUAAAGCAGGAACUAUCGCUUAGCGACGCCAGUCGACAACAGGAGAACUUGCAGACACGUUGUGAGGGUCUGCAGCAGCAAAACGAAACGCUGGAGCAACAAUUGAACGGUCUGCGCACCAGCUCCACAGAUUCCAAUGCUGAGCUGGUCAAGCUCACACAAGAGCUGGUCGCGAAGCAGAAGGCUUACGAGGAACUGAGCAACAAGAGCGGCGAUGAACGCGCCACACUCGAGGGACAACUCCAAGCUAAUCAACAACGCAUUGAUGCGCUCUGCAGUCAAGUGGAGGUGUUGACUCAAGAGCUUAAGGCCAGCACUGAGCAGACCGCCGAACUGCACGCCACUCUCAAAACAGAACAGGAGGCCGCAGGCAAACAGAAUCUAGAGCUGAGCGAUGCUCUGCGCAAACUAGAGGCCCAGACGGCCAAGUGUGGGCAACUGGAGCAGGAACAAGGCAAAUUACAGCAGGACUUGAAUGCCACUCGCAACAGCAGCUCAGAGCUGAACGCCAAACUUUUGCAGCUUACGGAGCAGCUGGCGGCGGCGCAAAAGGAGCAAGCCAGUCAAAAGGAUGCCAGCAGCUCCGAACGUCUGCAGCUAGAGCGUGAGCUGCAGGAGACGAAGCAACAGCUCCAAUCCAGUCAAGCCGAAGCCAUGCAACUUCAAGCUGAACUGGUAACUGCCACAGAGGCCAAAUCCCUUCAGGCCACAGAGUUUGCCAGCCUAAAAGCCGAACUUACCAGCAAGGCACGCAAUGAAUUGGCACAGAGGCAGGAGAGCGAAUCAGCAGCGCGGGAGCAGCUCGUGGCUGAGUAUGAAGCACGCCUCCAAGGCUCAGAGCAAAUAAUUUUGCAGAUGGAUGAGAGCAAUAAGCGGCUGCAGUCAGAGUUGCAGCAAACACAACAGCAGCUAAGCGAGAAGCAAACGGAGCACAAGACUCAGAUGUUGCAGAUAGAGGAGCAGCUCAGAGCAGCUACUGAAAAGCACCAGGAGCUCAGCAAGGACUUGCAACAGCUGGAAGCUGCCAGCAGCACCGCCACGGAAGUGCAUUCUGAGAUGCAAUCGCGCCUGGAUAAGCUGCAGCUGGAAAUUAAGGGCAAGGACGAGGCCUUGCAAGCGUCACAAACGCAGUUGCAACUGCAACAAAAUAAUGGAGUCGAGGAAGUCAACAAACUGCAGGAUCAGCUACGUGAGCUUCGGGAGCGUCUGGAAAUAAACGUGUCUGAACUGCAACACAAGGAGCAGCUAGCCCGAGAGGAUGCGCAAAAGAUUGCCGAUCUGAAGACACUAGUUGAGGCUGUUCAAGUGGCCAAUGCCAACAUAUCUGCCACCAAUGCUGAGCUAUCUACUGUGCUGGAAGUCCUGCAGGCUGAAAAAAGUGAGACCGCACACAUCUUUGAGUUAUUCGAAAUGGAAGCGGAUAUGAAUGCAGAGCGCUUGAUUGAGAAAUUGACGGGCAUGAAGCAGGAGUUGCAGCAAACGCACGACCUUUUGGAGAAGCAGCAAAGCACAAGUGAGGAGAUUCAGCAAAAACUAAACGCCAAGGAGGCAGAACUACUGGCUCUGGAGCAGAGGGAGCAGAGUUCGCAAGCAUCGGCUCAGGCAGCCAAUGAAAAGUUGCAAGAGCUGCAGGCAGCCAAUGAGGAAUUGCAACAGGAAUUGCAACAAAAGCAAGCUUUGCUUGAGAAGAACAAUGAAUUUGAUGCCCGUUUGACAGAAUAUACAAAAGUCAUCGAUGAAAUGGAUGAGGCAGCAACGGCCAAGUCCACUUUAUUGCAGCAGCUGCAAGCACGCGUGUCUGAAUUGGAAACAGAUCUACGUCAUGCCCACGAAAUACAACAGACUACUCAACUGGAGUGCAAGAAUUUAACGCGCAAAAUCGAAUCCCUAGAGCUGGAGAAAGCGCGUCAGCAGCUAGCUUUGCAAACACAAGCCAAUGGAACGGGCGGCAGAUCUGGCGGCGGUGAUGCGCCUGAGUCGUUGGACACAGAGCACAGUCUUGCCAAAAUCAAUUUUCUCAACUCUAUUAUUGCUGAUAUGCAGCAGAAAAACGAUGCUCUGAAGGCCAAGGUGCAAACACUGGAAAUGCUGCCCACAGACUUCACCAAACCUCAUGCCUUUGACAUGCUUAGCAAACGAAAGCCAGCUCCUCGUCUAUUUUGUGACAUUUGCGAUGAGUUCGAUAAGCAUGAGACCGAGGAUUGUCCGCUGCAGGCGUCCGAUGAUCGCGACUACUCACCGCCUCCACCCGCUGAGGCCAACAACAACGAGAAAAAGGAACGCAAAUUGCCAGUUCCGCGCAAAUACUGCGAAUCUUGUGAAGUUUUCGGCCAUGAUACGGGCGAGUGCGCCGACGAUGAGACCUAUUAGACUUAGGAAAAUUAUUUUCGUUGUUCAAUUUUAAACUAAUUAUUUCCGAUAAGUAGCUAACGAAUAUCUAAAUCUAUGGUGUAAGCGAAGCAAAACAAUUACCUCAACAGAGCUCCACAAUUUUGGAUACGUGCUUGAUAUUCAUGCUACAACUGGCAAACGUCUACUAACAUUCUUUUAAAUUGUGUGAUCAUCGUUUUGCAUACUAUUUUGUAUUGCCCCUUUUAAAUUGUUUUCUAUUUAUUUAUGAAAUUAGUCACC